GAACGUGGACAGGGAGUUGUUCCUGCUGUUCUCUGUCAUGGAUGAGAACCUGAGCUGGUACCUUCAGAGAAACAUAGAGACCUAUGGAUCGGACCAGUCAGACCCAGACAACCAAGACUUUCAGGAGAGCAACAAUAUGCACGCGGUGAAUGGCUUCAUGUACGGAAACCUUCCAGGCCUGGAUAUGUGUUCCGGGGACAGGGUUUUUUGGUACACCUUUGGGCUGGGUACGGAGGUGGAUAUCCAUGGGGUGUACUGGGAGGGGAACACCUUCCAGAGACACGGUACUACCAGAGAUACACUCAGCCUGUUCCCCCACACCACCGCUGCAGUCAGCAUGCUGCCACACACACCUG